AAAUCAAGAACAAAAAAAAAGUCAACAAGACUUUUUAUCGCUGAAAGCGAAAUCUCAAAGUGAAUAAAAGAAACUUGAAUGCUUUAGGAAAAAAAAGAUCUCAAUAAAACAGCAGAACGAAAGAAGAUUCAUAAAAUUUAUAAAAAGUAUCUCAGCAACAGCAAAAAAAGGAAAGGAAAUGAAAAAUUCUGAAUAAUUUCUUUAAGAGGGUGAAAGAGUCUGCAAGUGGAAUCUGGGAGUGACAGUUGAUAGAUAUCAAAGCAUUAAAAAUAGGAAAAGGCUCUAAACACACGACGUGAAGUGAAUGAAUGGAAUAAAAGGAACAGAAAAUCGUCAACAAGAAAUUCCAAUUAAAAAAAGAUGAAGAAAGAUUUGCCGUGUGAUAAGUGAUAAAAAAUUAAGGAAGGAAGGAAAACAUUUGAACAACAAAGAAGCUUAAAAGCAUUGAGCAACGAGCUGCUUAAAGUGACUGCCGUUUACCAAUCUUUCAAAUAGUACAAAACAGUGAAAGGAAAUUUUCUGCCAUUUCGCAGAUCUUCCGUUCGAUAUUGAAUUUAGGACACAAAAAAUAUUAUUUUUUAUGCUUCAAAUCCGCUUUUAAUAUUUUUUCUUAUUCAUUGCGUGGGUGAAAAAAAAGCAACAAAAAAUUUAAUUAAAAAGUUUGGUGGCCUUCGAGGAAGAGAAAAUAGAAUAAAAAUAAAAAUAAAAGAAAAAUGAAUUGCAAAUCGAUGAAUAAUAAUUGUUGGAGCUUCGCACUCGUAAUCAUUUCGAGUGUUCUUCAUGUUACGCUCUGUUGCCGUGGAGGACGAGUUCUGAAGCACGGCGUGACAGAAGAAGAGAAAAGACUGAUAUUAGAAGAACACAACUUUCUACGUCAAACUGUCGCAACAGGUCAUGUUCCAGGUCAACCAGCUGCACAGAACAUGCAAGAGAUGCGAUGGGAUGACGAAUUGGCUGCUAAAGCUCAGCAAUGGGCAAAUGAAUGUACAUUUCAACACGAUCCAAGUCGAUAUUUAGGUCGUUUCAUCAUGGGACAAAAUCUGGGUAUUCUGUGGAGCACGGCCCCGUUAGCAGAUGACGACGGCAAUUUUCCUCAACGCAUCAGAAAUUGGUUUAACGAAGUUCAAAAAUAUGCAUGGGGGGCGAAAUGGUCUGUCAAAACAGGGCAUUAUUCACAACUCGUUUGGGGCGACACAAAUUUGGUUGGAUGCGGAUUUAGCUAUUACCAAAACUCGAGAUACAACAAACUCUACGUUUGCAAUGGAAACGUUGUUGGAUCGAAGCCCUAUGCGACGGGAAUGCCUAAAUGCCAAAAUUUCGGGAUGUCUGACUCGGCAAAAUAUCCUGGAUUGUGCAAACCGUUUGAGAAUGUUAACAACGAAUAUUCUGAACUUGCUUUCAAUUCAAUUAAUGCUCAACAAAAUCCAUCGAACUACUACACAUACAAGACCUACAAUAGUGAAUAUGAUGGCACAAAAAUGGUUGGAACGAGCAGCAGUACAAGAAACAAUGUAAAGGCUCCUUUCGCUCCACAGUCACAACGAAAUUACAGCACAAGUUCGAAUAAUGAAGUUCAUUCAUUCAAGCGCCAAGAGGCAAAAACCACAAAUCAACAACAAUACGGCAAUCAACGAAGCUAUCAACCCAAUUCACAAUUACGAUUUCAACAGCUGAAUCGUUAUCAAACGUCGCCUUUUCAACAGGCCUUCACAGCAGCCAUUCAACAACAGCAACAACAAAAGCGACCCAUCGAUCGAAACAAUCCCUUUCACACCUACCGAUGGGAUUUGCUUUUUAAAAAUUAUCUGUGAAAAUGAGAAAAGAAUUUUCCGUUCUGUGUUUUAAAUAAUUUCCUUCCCUAUAGAAUUAAAUGUUAGCCUCGAAUUCCAUGUUUCUGUUGUUAAAAAACGCCGAUAAUUUCCAUCGAAUUUUCAUGCGCCAACCAUUGCAAUGAUCAUUCAAUUAAAUUUAAUAGCACAAGGAACAUUCUACUUAUGUAGAUCGUAAAUAUCGGAUGAGGUUUGAGGGAAAAUAUUUAAAAGCAUUAAUGAAUUUUCAUGCUUUAGAUAUUUAGCAUAAAAAACAUUAUGCAACAUAUAAACUUAUUUUAUAAACAAAGAUUUUAAUGAAUAUUAUUAUGCUUAUUUACGAUAAUUGAUAUUGAGAUAUUUUUACAUUUUUAAAUUAGUUUCAUUUUAUAAUUUUUACGAUAAUUUAAUUUGGAUUAUUUUAGAUGAUUAAAAUUAAGUUAAGAAGAUAAAUCAAAAUGCGUCAUUUGUUACUUAAAUAAUCUUCCCACUUGAAAAAGCAAACGACAAACAUAAUGUGACAACUUAACAAGAAUUUAUACGCUAUGGGAGAUGAAUCCGGAGAGCAGUUCCAUUAAUUAAAUUACUGACCUCGUUUAAAGCUAACUUAGGAAACUAAACUAUGAGAGGGAGAGAGAAAGAGAGAACGGUGUGCUAUGAAAGGCCUGAUAAGGAGUUGUAUUAUGUCUCAUUAAUUAAUUGACUCAUGAAUAUUCAUCAAAAAACAACAAAGAAGUAGAAACUCUCGUAAAAGAAGCAUCGUAAAACAUCGCCAAGUCUCGUGAUUGUGUCUAAGUAAAAUGAAUUCAAGAUUAAGUUGAUGGGAAAAAUAUUCCACAAGCAACCAAAAGGCGGCUAGCUUUAUAUCCUUUUUUAUACUUAUACAUUUAUUGAAGCAAGAAGAACAUUGUCCCAUGAUGAGACUUACAAUUAAAUACACGGCAACAUUGUAGCAUUGAAUCUUUUCAUGCUUAUCUAAGUUAAUCUCUUUUCAAGUCAUAAAAGCAAUUUUCAGUUCAAGUCCUUUGAUGUGUCAUGCUAAAUUUUCAGAGAAAUUUUCUUUUUCUAAAAACAGUCACAGUUUGCGACAUAAAAAACUAUCAAAAGAAAGAACUAAAUGGAUCAUUUAUGUUAUGAUAAAAGCUCUAGUUUUUAAGAGAAAUGAUAAAAAAGAAAAGAAAAAUGUGAAGUGAUUUUUGUAAAGUCGAAACAUUGGUACGUGCAAAGAGAAAGAGAAACAAAAUAGAAAAUGCUCGUUUGUUGGAGCCAGAAAAUCACUUGUUCCAGAUCUUUAGCAAAAUGAUAAUAAAAAAAUAUCUUUUGGAGAGACGGAAAAAUAAUUGACUAGAGUUUCAGAAUAAACGGGAGGAAAAACCGGUGAUGGUUGAGGAAGCAUUUUCAAAGCUUUAAAGGCGUUUGUUGAACUGAAAUCAAUGAAACUAAUAAAACUUUUCACACCGACUUAUCUAAAAAUUUCAGAAGAAAGAAGGAAUUCUAUUAAAAUUCCCGAAGAGCAAAGCUUUAACUUUUAUUUAUUAGAAAGCUUUUCUUUUAACAUAUUUUUGCAAUAUUUCAAGUCUCAUAAAAUUGCAGUAGCUUUUAAAAAGCUUUAAAAAAUCUUCACUUACCUUAUGCAAACUUCGCUUUUGUACGAACCCCACAAGUCGACACAAAAAAAAGUCAUUUCAUAAAUUUAUUUUCUUCAAAAGUGUUUCCCAUUACAAAUAACAACAUUUUACAUUCUUUUGGCACUCGAAAAAUGAUAAAAGAGAGAAAUAAUGUAUGAGAAAUAAAACAUAUUUCCUUUUGCUCGUAUCUCGUUUCUUCCUUCAUUACAAAACCAUAAAAAUUUGUAUUGUUGCAAUAUCAGUAAAUGGCAAUUCUUAUUCGAAAGGGAGGAAGAAAGCUUUUAUUCAAAUAUUCAUUCAAAAUCGAUGUUUAUCAGGGAUGGAAACGAAAGCAACUUCCAUUGAGAUUUAAUGAUUAUUUCAAUGCUUGACGCUUAUCCCUGCCAUUGAUUCUUGUCGAGUCAGAA